UCCCGCCCAGCACAGCCUUGGCCAGCGUGGGCCAAGCCUGUGGUUUUUCUCCUUUCCUGAGCCUUUGUGUAUCUACUAAUGAUUAAUCCCUGCAGCCAUUUUUCCAGGGACAAAGAGGGAGGGCAGGCCAAGGCUGCCCAGGGGAGCCAGGGGACCCCACCCCUUAGGUUUCGGCAUCCCCUCCCUACUCCAAGAGCCCCAUCGUUCACCUUUCCCAUAGGCGGCCAGUGAAGGGGAAGGCAGGGACACGCCACGUUAGGACAACUAGCAGAGCUGGCUCUGGGAGCCUGGAAGCGGAUCCCUGGAGAGAGGAGGCAGCCAGGCAGAGCCUGGGCAGGCGGGCACCGAGCUCAGGUAACCCCCUGCCCACGAUGUACGAGAAAAGGUCUUACACGGGCUAUGGCCACCCCAGUUCCCGCUAUGACUACCCACCUCCCUCGGGCCCUCCUGGCUCCUUCUACCUGGCAGAUGUCCCUCCCCAGCAUUUCUACCGGUGGCGGUCCCCCCCAGGUAUCGUCCGCAUCCUGCAGGGAUUUGUGAUCAUCCUGUGUUUGAUUAUUUUUGCCUGUGUGGCCUCCACCUUAGCCUGGGACUACUAUGGCAGUGGCAGUGGCCUCCUGGGCUAUGGGGGUGGCCUGGGAAGCUACUACAAUGGCUACUAUGGUGGCUAUGGUGGCUAUGGUGGCUAUUAUGGUGGCCUGACCAACCUACGGGCGGCCAACGGUUUUAUGAUCGCCAUGGCCGUGCUCUGCUUCCUGGUGACCCUCGGGCUGGUCAUAGCUAGCCUGUCCAAAGGAGCAAGUGCUCGUUCUCGCCGCUUCUACCUGCUGGUCACCGUGCUCAGCGGCCUGCUGGCGUUUGUGAUGCUCAUCGCCUCCAUUGUCUACGUGGUCGGGGUGAACCCCCGGGCAGGGCUGGGGUCCAGCUCUGGGAGUCUCUACUACAACCAGAUGUUGAUACUCUGCAACCAAAUGAUGUCACCAGUGGCAGGGGGCAUUGUGAACCAGUACCUCUACCACUACUGCAUGGUGGACCCCCAAGAGGCCGUGGCCAUCGUCUGUGGCUUCCUCACCGUGGUCCUCUUCUGUGUCAUCUGUUACUUUGCCCAGAAGACCCGUCACAAGAUAUGGAAGUAUGGGAAGCCCAAUAUCUUCUGGGACAAGCCCCUGGCUACAGCAGAGGGUCCCAAUGUGGAGGAGUGGGUGAAGAACGUAUCUGGUGAUGCAGGCACUCAGGAUGAGAUCGCCACAUUGGCAUACUCAGAGAAGCCCACCAGUCCCCUGACCAGUGCUUUCCUGCCAGCCCAGGAGAAUGGCUAUGGCCACCCAACCCCUUCCAUCCAUAGUCCCCCACCUCCUGCAGGGCCCAAUCCUCCAGAAGAAAAAGACAAAGGGCCUGUGAGUCAGCCCCCCGCCAGGCAGGGCCAGCGCCAAAGAAUCCGUCCAACAGGCCUGGAGGAAGCGCAGUAUGAGACAGAUUAUACCACAGCAGCAGAAUCCAGUGAAGAGCGGAACCGGGAUGACUGGGCCAGCCUCUACCCACCUAUCAUCUCCGAUGCCAUCCGCCAGACGUACAAGGCAGAGUUCAACAGUGACCUUCAGCGGUACAAAGCUCUGUGUUUGGAGAUGGACGACAUUGGAGCUCAGCUCAGGCAGCUUAGUCACGAGCUGGACUGCCUCCCGGAAGGCAGCUUACGCUACCAGGGUGUUGCAGAAGAGUACAACCGGCUGAAGGACUUGAAGAGGAGUCCGGAAUACCAAAGCAAGAAGUUGGAGACCCAGAGCCUUCGAGACAAGCUUUGCCAUAUCAAACGCAUGGUUGGGGCCUACGACCAGGCCCGAAGCUAAUGAGGAGGAGGGUCAGGCCCUCUGGGAACGGGGUUCCCAGGCCCUUGGUCCGGGAACCGUCUCUUUACAUGCCAUGGGAAAGAUUGGGUGCCAUGGAUCUUGCCCUCCCCCGCCCUGUAAUGGGAAGCUAGCCUCCCCAAGUUUUCCUAUGAACUGCUCUGCUGGGCCAGGAGCCACAGUCCCCCAGUGCCCCGGAGAGGGGCAAUGGCAGCCAGAAAGGCUGGCCCCAGCCCCGAGGAGGGUUGAGGGUGGGAGGGGGAGGCUCAGCAGCCUGAAGCUGAUGUAUACACCAAUAAAGUCUGCUCUGCUCUGUGGGAAGGGGCCUUCCCUACUGUGGGAAGGGGGGAGGGGGCAGGUGGCCUCAAGCCCUAAGGUCCGGCUGCCCUGGUCAUCAAGAACUCAAGAAGGCAGGCCUCCAAGAAAUCGGGUAGCAGAUCCCCCAGGCAGCAGGUGCUGGGCCAAAAUGUCCGAAGCAGGAAAAAAUCCUCAAGAACUGGGAAGAAAUCAGAUGGGGGCAGGAAAGAAAUGGAUGGCCCUGCUAAAAGUUCAUUAGCCUUUCCUUUGGUGAGGGGAGAGAAACUGGCGGCCAUAGCCUUUCUCUUAUCCUGAAUCCAUGGGGCCCCUGGUACAUCUCAGCUCCCAUCAGCUGGCCCUCCACCUGAAGCAGCAUCAGGGUCAGCUCCUCUUCCAGUGGCUAAGACACACCAGGGGAACUCCCUCGUUCUGCCUCAUUCCUGCCAGGGUCAGGGCAGGGAGGAGGAGGCAAGGAUGCUUCUGCCCUCUACACUCCCUUCAGAUCUGAGAAACAGGGAGUCUCCACUGCCAAUAGCGCUUUUAAUAACGGUACCCCCUCUCUUGGGCCUUCCAACCCAGGGAUCAUCUAGGGUCCCCAAGUCCCCAAAGUGGGCAAUACCACUCCUUGGGGGGCACUGGAACAAUGGGAGAGGGGUGGUAGUACUCUCGGGUGACAAAUUAAAAAAACAAAACAAAAACAUUAAAAGGUUAAUGAAAGUAGA